AUGUUUUUUUCAUCUGGAUUACCUUUUCAUCUAGCAAAAAAUUCGUAUUUUGUCAAAACUAUUUCUUAUGCUGCUAAUAAUUAUAUUGAUGGUUAUAUUCCUCCUGGAUAUAAUAAAUUGAGGAUAACUUUGCUUGAGAAAGAGAAGCAACAUGUGGAGAGAAUGUUAGAACCUACUAAGAAUUCAUGGAGUGGAAAGGGAGUGAGCAUUGUAAGUGAUGGUUGGAGUAAUCCUCAAAGGAGGCCUCUUCUUAAUUUUAUUGCUAUAACUGAAAGUGGGCCUAUGUUUUUGAAAGCUGUAGAUUGUUCAGAUGAGAUCAAAGACAAGGAUUAUGUUGCAAAGCAAAUAAGAGAUGUGAUAAGAGAAGUCAAUCUCUCAAAUGUAGUGCAGAUUAUGACUGAUAAUGCGCCGGUUUGUAAAGCGGCUGGUUUAUUGAUUGAAGCUGAAUUUUCAUCUGUUUAUUGGACUCCUUGUGUUGUUCAUACUCUCAACCUUGCUUUAAAGGACAUUUGUGCAGCUAAGAAUACAGAGAAGAAUAAUUUUGUUUAUCAAGAAUGCUCAUGGAUUACUCAAAUUGCUGAAGAUGCUUCUUUUAUAAAAAAUUUCAUUGUUAAUCAUCAUAUGAGGUUAUCUAUUUUCAAUGAAUUUAAUACAUUGAAGUUGCUUAAUGUUGCUCCUACUCGAUUUGCUUCUACUAAUGUGAUGCUCAAAAGAUUUAGGUUGUUAAAGCAAGACCUCAAAGAGAUGGUUAUAAGUGAGAAGUGGUCUUCAUACAAGGAAGAUAAUAUUGGCAAAGCUGAGUUUGUUACAGAAAAAAUUGAGUGA